UAGAAACUUUUCCACUUGUGAUGCUAGGGAAUUUGUCCCUCGUGCAGCUGUCACACUUUGGUUAUAAAAAAAGUGUAAUGUCAAGAAUUGUCAUGUAGGAAUGGUGUGGUGAGUUUCGUCGAUUUUGUGCAAUUUUCAAUGAACAAUUAGGCAAAAACCGCUGAUAUCGCCGCCCACGACCACGCAACACCCGAAUCGCCCUUCCGGCCCCGCAAAAGCGCCCAUUUUUUGCACCACAUUUCAUGAAGGUUAAAGCGUGUUAAUGUGAUUAGAAUAAUAGAAGGGCAUUUGUCACAAUGAGCAAGAAGAAGCACCAAGGCGACCCCACGGGGGGCGAAUCGACCGAAUCCUGCGACGAGAACGACAACAUGACGGAAUGCCGUCACGUCCGCCAGGCCGUGGACUUGCAAAAGGUCAAAAAGGCCCUAAUCAAGACCGGACUGACCACCGAAUGCGAGCAAUGCAAGAAGAUGCCCAAAGUCGCGUCCGAAAUGGAACCCGAAUUCGAGUUCGAUAACUCGCUAUGGCUGUGUUUGCGGUGCGGGAACCAGGCCUGCGGCCGGAACAAAAACAUGCACGCCUUGGAGCACUUCAAGACCCCGCACUCGGACUCGCACGCCAUUUGCGUCGACACGACCAACUGGAGUGUCUGGUGUUAUGACUGUGAUGAAGUCGUCAAUGCGACUUGCAAGAAAAAACUGCUGGAAGCCGUCGAAUACCUCCAGAAGCUGGCCGAGGGCAAGAGCAACGCGGUGCCCAAACCCGCCGAGCACCAAGUGAUGGAUUUAGUCCCGGUAACUUCGAGCAUGAGUUUUGGGAACAUGUUCAAUUUCACCGCUUCGAGCGUACCUCGACCGCGUGGCUUAAUGAACCUAGGCAAUACGUGUUUCUUUAAUUCAGUAGUUCAAUGUUUAGCUCAAACGCCCUAUUUGUUAAACCUUUUACAAGAAACCUCCGAACCGGGGCAGUUUUUCCAACUACCGGGGGGCAAGUUGAACCCCCAGGAUAGCGACUCCCCGGUACUUGAGCCCUUGACCGGGGAGUUGGAGAAGUGGCGCCCGCUUAUGGCCACGUUGGCCGAAACUAUAGUCGAAGUGAACAAUGGACGCAGUGAAGCAUACGUUCCUCGUUUACUUCUCUCCAAACUAACCGCUCGAAUGCCGCAGUUUGGCGGCGGCAACCAACACGACUCGCACGAGCUCCUGCGCCACUUACUCGAGGCCGUGCGAGAGGAGGACUUGCGCCGCUACCAAUCGGUUAUCCUCGACCGGUUAGGUUUGAACACGAAAACCGACCCGAGCACGGUCGAGGGUGAGAAGAAGAAAAUAAUCAAGUUUUACGGCCAACAAGCUUCCGAUCUAUUGCUACCAACCGAACAAGUUUUCCGAGGGGUGCUUGUUAGCACGCUGCAGUGCCAGGAGUGCCAACACACCUCGCACCGCGACGAGUUUUUCCUAGAUUUAAGUCUACCGAUCACUGAAAAACAACUACCGCCGGUUUUGCGACGCAAAGCCGAGGAAAUCGAGGAUAAUAAACCGUCGCGCCACCAGAUCAAGAAGGAGAAACGUGCGGAAAGAAAGAAAAACAAGAAGCAAAAGUCGCAUAAAAACGUCAAUAUUGUCAUGGGGCCCAGCAACCAGCCCACGGCCGGGCUUGACGUGGACAUGGAUAAGUCGGAUAGUGAGUCGGACGCCGACGUUGAGGACAACGUCGAGGUGUCCGAGGAGGUGACCAAAGGGAUGGAGUCGGGGUAUAAUUCGGACAAGGUCGAUAACAGCAGCCCCGACUCGAACAAUCGCGGUAUUUCCCCCGAAAUGCGCAUUGACGACAGUGGGGUCCCCAGCCCCGCGAUUGGGAUGCUUAGUGCGUCGCACGGCACUCCGGACAAUAGCCCGGCCUCGAGUGAGACCAACAUCGACAUGGGGAGCCCCCUUAUCGAUCAUUGUAGUCCGGAAGAAGACGGUAAUGAAUAUUUCGACAGGCCUGAGUCGAGACUGGCCUUCGUGAACAACAAAAACGUCGAUUUGAAGACAGGUUUGAGUAAAUUAAGUCUACUGAACGAUGGUGAUUCGAGUAAAGUUGGUACGUUUUGCAACGAUAAGAUGGACGAUGAUGAUAAUUUCGAAGGUGCCUGUGGGGGCGAGGAUCCAAAGGAUGAAAAGAUGGAUGAGGACGACGAAGACGUGGACCUGUGGACCAACACGAUGUCGGCGCGUUACCAGUGCGAAGAAGGCGAAUACUCUGUCCAGUCCUGCCUCAACCAGUUCACAGCUUGCGAAUUGAUGACCGGUAACAACAAAGUCAGCUGCGAGCUGUGCACGAAGCGCCACGGUGGCCCCGAUAAGAAAACCGUCUACACCAACGCCACCAAGCAGCUCCUUAUCUACAACCCCCCUGCCGUUCUAAUCCUGCACUUGAAGCGUUUCCAAGUGUACCGAUUUCGCUCCGCCAAAGUCCCCAAAUUCGUCAAGUUCCCCACGCUUCUCGAUCUCGCGCCGUUCUGUUCGAAACGCUCCCAAAACCUCCCGACUUUCGAGGCCGGUCAGACGAAAGUCUUGUACUCUUUAUACGGGGUUGUGGAGCAUAGCGGGUCCAUUCACGGGGGCCACUACGUGGCCUACGUGAAAGUGCGGCCCAAGUUGGAGGAGAACAGCUAUAGGUGGCAGUUUUUGCCCAAAAAUCAGAAAAACGAGAAGGGGCAGGCGCCCAAGGGGGCGCAAGGCGAGCCCGAGGUGCCCUCCGGGAAGUGGUACUAUAUCAGCGAUUCGCACGUUUCCGAAGCCAGCGAGACGCGGGUUUUGAGCGCGCAAGCCUAUUUGCUGUUCUAUGAGAGGAUCUUGUAAGCUUUGACCGUGCUGUUUAUUUUAGCUUCUUUAUACAUAUAAUUAUUGUUUUGGAAUUGAUUUUUGGGUCUUACGGUGGAAUUUUAUUGAGAAAUUUUAUCAUUUCAAUCCGAAAUAGCCGCUUGAUAAUUGUGAGGAGAUUGACAGUUUUUUAGAUUUAUUGUUACAUUGUAAGCGUUUUCUGGGUUCAUUAUGUAAACUGUAACACCUCUUUUGGUCUGUGCAUACUAGUGUAAUUAUUUUUUUAAGCGAUUUCUCCGAAUGUAUUCAGCAAAUUAAAUAAACUGUAAAGGACGA